AUGGCCAGCACCACUGCCGUCGAGGUGCGGUCACUAUACCGCUCCCUCCUCCGUCAAUCGAAUCAAUUCGCCGCAUACAACUUCAGAGAGUACGCCAAGCGACGGACGAGAGAUGCGUUUCGGGAACACAGCACGGAGAGUGAUGCGCGAAGGAUACAAGAGUUGACCCAGCAUGGAUUGAAGGAGCUGCAGGUGUUGAAGAGACAAACGGUGGUCAGCCAAUUCUUCCAACUCGAUCGGCUGGUGGUAGAAGGUGGGAAGACGGGAAAGCAGACGGGUGAUAGGGGUGGUAUCGUACGGCAGAAGGAUACUGGUUGGGAUUGA